AUGGAGUCCACAACUAUAACUGCUACUGAGUCCACAGUUUUACCCACAGUUGAGUCCACAGUUUCAACUACUACUGAGUCUGCAACUUUAACCUCUGCUGAGUCUAUCGCUCUAUCCACAACUCAGUCAGAAAGUUUAACCACUACGGACUCCGCAACUGUAGCUGGUACUGAGUCUACACCUUUAUCCACAACUGAGUCCCCAAGAAGUGGACUGAAGUCCACUUCUUUACUCACAAAGGAAUCUUCAACUUUAACAGCUCCUGAGUCCACAGCUUCAUCUACUACUGAGUCCACAUUUUUACCCACGACUGAGUCUGUAACUUUAACCACUACUAAGUCCACAGCUUUUACCACACCUGAGUCUUCAACUUUAACAUCUACUGAGUCUGCAACGUUACCCACAAAUGAGUCAAUAACUGCUACUGAGUCCAGAACAUUAACGGCUACGGAGUCCACAGCAUCACCCACAAAUUAUUCUGCAGCUUUAACAGCUACUGAGUCCACAGCUCGAUCCACAACGCUAUCCGAAACUUUAACCACGUUGGAGUCCACAGUUUUACCUGCUACCGGGUCCACGGAUUUAACUACAACUGAGACCACAACUUUACCCAAUACUGAGUCUGCAACUUUAACCAUGACUGAGUCUGGGACUUUAAAAUCUACCGACUCUACAACUUUAACCUCUACAGAGUCCACACCUUUAUCCACAGCUGAGUCUGAAACUGUAACAGCUGUGGAUUCCACAGCUUUAACCACAACUGAGUCUGAAACUUUAACCACUAUGGAGUCCACAACUGUAACUGCAAACGAGUCUACAUCUUUAUCCACAGCUACUUCUGCUCAUGAGUCCCCAGCUUUACCCACAAAUGAGUCUUCAACUUUAACCUCUACUGGGUCUACAGCAGGGUCCACAAAGGAGUCCACAACUUUAACCUCUACUGAUUCCACAGCUUUACCCACAACUGAGUCUGAAACUUUAACCACUAUGGAGUCCACAACUGUAACUGCAAACGAGUCUACAUCUUUAUCCACAGCUACUUCUGCUCAUGAGUCCCCAGCUUUACCCACAAAUGAGUCUUCAACUUUAACCUCUACUGGGUCUACAGCAGGGUCCACAAAGGAGUCCACAACUUUAACCUCUACUGAUUCCACAGCUUUACCCACAACUGAGUCUGAAACUUUAACCACUAUGGAGUUCACAACUGUAACUGCAAACGAGUCUACAUCUUCAUCCACAGCUUCUUCUGCUCAUGAGUCCCCAGCUUUACCCACAAAUGAGUCUUCAACUUUAACCUCUACUGGGUCUACAGCAGGGUCCACAAAGGAGUCCACAACUUUAACCUCUACUGAUUCCACAGCUUUACUCACAACUGAGUUUGCAAGUUUAGCUGCUACCGAGUCCACAACUUUAGCCACAGCUGAGUCUGCAACUUUAACCACAACUGAGUCCAGUGCUUUCACCGCUACUGAGUCCACAACCUUAACAUUUACUGAUUCCACAACUUUACCCACAACUGAGUCUGCAAGUGUAACAGCUACUGAGUCUGAAACUUUAGCCACAACUGAUUCUGAAACUUUAACAACAACGGAGUCCACCACUUUAUCCUCAACUGAGUCCACAACUUUAAUCACAACUGAGUCUGAAAUAUUAACCACAACUGAGUCCACAACUUUAAAUACAACUGAGUCUGCAACUUCAACUGUGACUGAGUCUGGAACUUUAAAAGCUACCGAGUCCUCAACUUUAAACUCUACUGAGUCCAAAGCUUUAUCCUCAACUGAGUCUGAAACUUUAACCACUAUGGAGUCCACAACUGUAACUGCAAAUGAGUCUACAUCUUUAUCCACAACUGAGUCCACAGCUUCUUUUGCUAUUGAGCCCCCAGCUUUACCCACAUAUGAUUCUUCAACUUUAACAGCUACUGAGUUAAUAGCCUUAAGCACAUCUGAAUCUACAACUAUAACCUCUACUGGGUCUGUAGCAGGGUCCACAAAGGAGUCAACAACUUUAACUGCUACUGAUUCCCCAGCUUUUCCCGCAACUGAGUUUGCAAUUUUAACUGCUUCCGAGUCUACAACUUUAACCACAACUGAGUCCACUGCUUUAACCACAACUGAGUCCACUGCUUUAACCGCAACUGAGUCAACAACCUCAACUUUUACUGAUUCCACAGCUUUACCCACAACUGAGUCUGCAAUGAUAACAGCUACAGAGUCUGAAACUUUAACCACAACUGAGCCCACAACUUUAACAGCCACUGACUCCAAAGCUUUACUCACAACUGAGUCUGCAAACAUAACCACUAUUGAGUCCACAACUUUUACUGCUACUGAGUCUACAACUUUAACAGCUACUGACUCCAAAGCUUUACUUACAACUGAGUCUGCAAAUUUAACCACUACUGAGUCUACAACUUUAACUGCUACUGAGUCCACAGCUUCCAUCACAACUGAGUCUGCAAUUAUAACAUCUACAGAGUCUGAAACUUUAACCACUACUGCGUCCACAACUUUAACAGCUACUGACUCCAAAGCUUUACUCACAACUGAGUCUGAAAACUUAACCACUACUCUAACUGCUACUGAGUCUGCAACUUUAACUACAACUGAGUCCACAGCUUCCAUCACAACUGAGUCUGCAACUUUAACCACUACUGCAUCCACAGCUUUACCCACAAAUGAUUCUACAACUUUACCCACCACUGAGUCCACUACUUUAAUGACCACUGGAUCUACGAUUGUAAAAGCUACUGAGUCCACAGCCUCACCCACAGCCGAGUCUGCCACUUUAACAUAUACUGAGUCCACAGCUAUUACUACAACUCAGUCUGAAAUUGUAACCACUACGGAGUCAACACCUUUAUCCACAAAUGAGUCUGCAACUUUAACAGCUACUGAGUCUACAGCUUUAGCCAAAACGGAGUCCUUAACUUUAACCGCUACUAAAUCUUUAUUUGUUACUCAUUCUACAGCUUUACCCACAAAGCAUUCUUCAACUUUACCAGCCACUGAGUCCACAGCUUCCACUAAUACUGAGUCUGCAACUUUAACUGAUACCGAGUCCACACCUUUACCCACUGCUGAGUCUUCAACUUUAACCACAAGUGAAUCUGCAACUUUAACUACUACUGAGUUCACAGCUUUAACCACAACUCAGUCUGAAGCUUUAACCACUAUGGAGUCCACAGCUUCAACCGCUAGGGAGUCCACAGCCUCAACUACUACUGAGUCUGCUGAUUUAUCCACAACUCAGUCAGAAAUGUUACCCACUACAGAGCCCACAACUGUAACUGGUACUGAGACCAGAACUUUACCCACUAGUGAGUCUGCGACUUCAUAUGCUAUUGAGUCCACAGCUUCAACCACUACUGAGUCUGCAACUUUACCUGUGACUGAGCCUGCAAUUUUAAGCAUUACUGAGUCUGUAACGUUAAAGGUUACUGAGUUCACAACCACCACUGAGUCCACAACAUUAACCACAACUGAGUCUGCAACUUUAACUGGUACUAAGUCCUCAACUUUACUCACCACUGAGUCCACAACUUUACCCACAACAUUGACUACAACUGAUUCGACAACUUUACCCAUAACUUUGACUUCAACUGAGUCCACAACUUUACCCAUAACUUUGACUACAACUGAGUCCACAACUUUACCCAUAACUUUGACUACAACUGAGUCCACAACUUUACCCACAACAUUGACUACAACUUUACCCACAACAUUGACUACAACUGAGUCCACAACUUUACCCACAACAUUGACUACAACUGAGUCCACAACUUUACCCAUAACUUUGACUACAACUGAGUCCACAACUUUACCCACAACAUUGACUACAACUGAGUCCACAACAUUGACUACAACUGAGUCCACAACUUUACCCAUAACUUUGACUACAACUGAGUCCACAACUUUACCCACAACAUUGACUACAACUGAGUCCAUAACAUUGACUACAACUGAGUCCACAACUUUCCCUAUAACAUUGACUUCAACUGAGUCCACAACUUUACCCAUAACUUUGACUACAACUGAGUCCACAACUUUACCCACAACAUUGACUACAACUGAGUCCACAACAUUGACUACAACUGAGUCCACAACUUUACCCACAACAUUGACUACAACUGAGUCCACAACAUUGACUACAACUGAGUCCACAACUUUACCCACAACAUUGACUACAACUGAGUCCACAACUUUGACUACAACGGAGUCCACAACUUUACCCACAACAUUGACUUCAACUGAGUCCACAACUUUACCCACAACAUUGACAACAACUGAGUCCACAACUUUACCCACAACAUUGACAACAACUGAGUCCACAACUUUACCCACAACAUUGACUUCAACUGAGUCCACAAAUUUACCCACAACAUUGACAACAACUGAGUCCACAACUUUACCCACAACAUUGACUACAACUGAGUCCACAACUUUACCCACAACAUUGACUUCAACUGAGUCCACAACUUUACCCGCAAAUUUGACUACAACUGAGUCCACAACUUUACCCACAACAUUGACUACAACUGAGCCCACAACUUUACCCAGAACUUUGACCAUUACUAAACCCUCGACUUUACUCACAACUAAGUCAACAAAUUCAACUACAACUGAAUCUGUAACUAUCAACAAAACUUUUAUCACAGCUCAGUCGGUAUCUUUAACCACUGCCGAUUCCUCAACUUUACUAAUAACUGAGUCUGCAAAUUUAACCGCAACGGAGUCCGCAACUAUCCCCACAGCAGAGACUUCUACCUUACUCAAAGCUUUACCUACAGCCGAGUCUGUAAUUUUGCCAACAACAAAGUCCACAACUUUUAGCACAACUGAGAUUGAAAAUUUAACGAUAUCUGAGUCUGCAACUUUACCCACAACAUUAUCUACUACUCUAACAACAGAGAUUACAACAUCAUCUACUACUCCAAAGGAUGAGACCACGGCGUCUACUACUCCAGUACCUCAGUCCACAACAUCAUCUUCUACUCCAAAGGAUGAGACCACGGCGUCUACUACUCCAGUACCUCAGGCUACAACAUCAUCCACUACUCCAAAAGAUGAGACCACGGCAUCUACUACUCCAGUACCUCAGUCCACAACAUCAUCUUCUACUCCAAAGGAUGAGACCACAGCGUCUACUACUGCAGUACCUCAGUCCUCAACAUCAUCCACUACUCCAAAGGAUGAGACCACGGUGCCUACUACUGCAGUACCUCAGUCCUUAACAUCAUCCACUACGCCAAAGGAUGAGACCACGGCGUCUACUACUGCAGUACCUCAGUCCACAACAUCAUCUACUACUCCAAAGGAUGAGACCACGACAUCUACUACAUCAGUACCUCAGUCCACAACAUCAUCUUCUACUCCAAAGGAUGAGACCACAGCGUCUACUACUGCAGUACCUCAGUCCUCAACAUCAUCCACUACUCCAAAGGAUGAGACCACGGCGUCUACUACUGCAGUACCUCAGUCCACAACAUCAUCUACUACUCCAAAGGAUGAGACCACGGCAUCUACUACUCCAGUACCUCAGUUCACAACAUCAUCUACUACUCCAAAGGAUGAGACCACGGCAUCUACUAUACCAGUACCUCAGUCCACAACAUCAUCUACUACUCCAAAGGAUGAGACCACGGCAUCUACUACAUCAGUACCUCAGUCCACAACAUCAUCUUCUACUCCAAAGGAUGAGACCACAGUGUCUACUACUGCAGUACCUCAGUCCUCAACAUCAUCCACUACUCCAAAGGAUGAGACCAUGGCGUCUACUACUGCAGUACCUCAGUCCACAACAUCAUCUACUACUCCAAAGGAUAAGGCCAUGGCGUCUACUACACCAGUACCUCAGACCACAACAUCAUCUACUACUCCAAAGGAUGAGACCACAGCGUCUACUACUUUAGUACCUCAGUCUACAACAUCAUCUACUACUCCAAAGGAUGAGACCACAGCAUCUACUACUGCAGUACCUCAGUCCACAACAUCAUCUUCUACUCCAAAUGAUGAUACCACCGUGUCUACUACUCCAGUACCUCAGUCCACAAUAUCAUCUACUACUCCAAAGGAUGAGACCACGGCGUCUACUACUCCAGUACCUCAGUCCACAACAUCUUCUGCUACUCAUGUAGCUAGUACUACAACACUAACUACAGCUCCAAUGGCUAAAUCCUCAACAGCCUCUACCUUUACAGUUGCUGAGAGCACAACUACCACUUCAGUUGAGACCACUCCAACUAGUACCCCAGUAGCAAGGACUACAAUACCCACUGCAACUGCUCAAGUUACUACAACCACAACACCAUUUAACACUCCUUUAGCUGAAUCUACAAUGUCAUACUCUUCUCUUAUUUUCAAUACUACAAGACAAAAUACUACUCCAGUAGCUGAGAUGAAAACACCAUCUACCACUGUAGACACUAAGACCACAAACCUAUCUACUAUACCAAUGGGUGAGAUAACAAACUCAUCUACUAUUUCCAUAGCCAAAAGCACAGCAGCAUCUACCACUCCUCUAGCUGAGACUGCAACACUAUCUACUAUUCCUAUUGGCAAUACAAUAUCACCAUCUACUAGUAAAUUAGCCGACACUACUACGUCAUCUACCACUCCUCUAGCUGAGACUGCAACACCAUCUACUAUUCCUAUCGGAAAUACUAUAUCGCCAUCUACUAGUACAUUAGCCAACACUACUACGUCAUCUACCACUCCUCUAGCUGAGACUGCAACACCAUCUACUAUUCCUAUCGGAAAUACUAUAUCACCAUCUACUGGUACAUUAGCCGACACUACUACGUCAUCUACCACUCCUCUAGCUGAGACUGCAACACCAUCUACUAUUCCUAUCGGAAAUACUAUAUUGCCAUCUAUUAGUACAUUAGCCGACACUACUACAUCAUCUACCACUCCUCUAGCUGAGACUGCAACACCAUCUACUAUUCCUAUCGGAAAUACUAUAUCACCAUCUACUAGUACAUUAGUCAACACUACAUCUACUACAUCAUCGACUACGUCAACAGCUCCGACAACACCACCAUCUGAUAAGACCACAGAGCCAUCUAGUAGUACCAUGACCGUAAUACCAUCUGCCACUAAAACAACAACAACAACAACGGCUAUAGUGUCGGAAUCCUCAAAUAUUUCAACAGCACGGGCUUGGACCACAUUACCUUCAACACCUCAGUCCUCAGUGCCAACAACAGGAUCUUUUACCACAAAGACCACUACUCAUCCAUCAUCGUCUGUAUGGUCUACGCCAUCUUAUACAAGAAAUAGCACUACUACUAUCAGCAGCACGCCGCGCUCCAUCGUUCCAACCAGAAGUCCAGCAGGCUCCAUUGCCAUGAAGGUCUACAUGCGGAGCUCCAUCCCUGCGGAUACAAAUAUAAUCAACGCAUUUGUACAAAAGACCUGCUCAAAUCUCUUCAUCAAGUUUCAGACUGCAGACUUCACCCUGACCUAUGGGAAGGACAGGAUCUCCGUGCAUUGCUCUUCAGUCCUUCCUCCCAGCUCAUAGGAAUCAUAAAAGAGUACACUUUCUGAGGAUUCCAAUCAGUAUUGCAUUCAUUGAACUAUAGGGAUGAGGUUCAGGUUUUCAACUACUAUGGGUUCAUGGUGAAUGCCGGGGAUACCCGAAACGCCAAGAAUUUGAAUAGAAAUUUUGUUAAGAGGAUGGGCUCACAGUAGGAGAAAGUCCCUUUUUUUUUGUUUUGGCAUUGGUGCAUGCCCCCAUGGCAGUGUCUAGAUUCCCAUGCAUUUUGUUUGAGAAAAGCUUGCUUAUUGGCUUUUCAAAUGGCCUGAAAUGAACAACAGGAUUUACCCUUCACAGACUAUGGGUUCAUGGUGAAUGCCGGGGAUACCUGAACUCCAAGAAUUUGGAUAGAAAAACUUUGUAGGUUGACCAGCAAAACAAAGAAGGAACAACAUAUAAUGCAAUGCAAUGCCUUUGUCUUUAAUCAGUCACAAGAGCCAACGGGUUUGAAGGAAUAGAUAACCCAGACCUCUUUUUUGUUAAAGGAUGGGCUCACAGUAAGAGGAGCUCACUUUUUUUUUUUGGCAUUGGUGCUUGCCCCCAUGGCAGUGCCUGGAUUCCCAUAAAUGAAUAACAGGAUUUACCCUCCACAGACUUCAAUGGUGUACACCACAAAGUUUUCAAACCUUGUCCUUCAAGCAAGACUCGUGAAACUCAUCUAUCCUCUCUAAACUAUGGAAUCUCGUUGCAAUCCUUAUUUUACCUAGAAAGAGGCACACUCUUGAGAUACAUCACAUGUGCUGAAAAUCAACAAAAUAAAAGUACUACAAAGUAUGGCCGUUCCCAAGACUUCCACGGUACUUCCAUGCUAAUCUCAUGGGCCUGGAGUCAAUAGGAUGAGUAGGAUGAACUUUUACUGUCUAUGGCCACUGAGUGGCACUGAUUGCAGUGAGCUUCCGCCCCUGUAGAUCUAAGUGCCUUUUUUCUUUUUUUUGGUAUUGGUGUUUGCCCCCAUGGCAGUGCCUGGAUUCCCAUGCAUUUUUGAGAAAAGCUUGCUUAUUAGCUUUCCAAAUGGCCUGAAAUGAAUACCUGUUUUUACCCUCCACAGACUUCAAUGGUGUUCACUACAAAGUUUUCAAACCUUGUCCUUCAAGCAAGACUCGUGAAACUCAUCUAAACUAUGGAAUCUCCUUGAAAUCCUUAUUUUAUUUAGAAAUAGGCACACUCUUGAUCACAUGUGCUGAAAAUCAACAAAAUAAAGUACUACAAAGUAUGGCCGUUCCCAAGACUUCCAUGGUACCUCCAUGCUAAUCUCACAGGCCUGGAGUCAAUAGGAUGAGUAGGAUGAGCUAUUACUGUCUAUGGCCACUGAGUGGCACUGAUUGCAAUGAGCUUUCGCCCCCAAAGAUCAUAAUUCUUUUUUUUUCUUUUUGGCAUUGGUGUUUGCCCCCAUGGCAGUGCCGGGAUUCCCAUGCAUUUUGUUUGAGAAAAGCUUCCUUAUUGGCUUGAAGUGAAUAACAAGAUUUACCCUCCACAGACUUCAAUGGUGUUCACCACAAAGUUUUCAAACCUUGUCCUUCAAGCAAGACUCGUGAAACCAAUCUAUCCUCUCUAAACUAUGGAAUCUCCUUGCAAUCCUUAUUUUACCUAGAAAGAGGCACGCUCUUGAAGAUACAUCACAUGUGCUGAAAAUCAACAAAAUAAAAGUACUACAAAGUAUGGCCGUUCCCAAGACUUCCACAGUACUUCCAUGCUAAUCUCACAAUAGGAUGAGUAGGAUGAACUAUUACUGUCUAUGGCCACUGAGUGGCACUGAUUGCAAUGAGCUUCCGCCCUCGAAGAUCUACGUGGCUUUAUGGAGAAGGAGCUGGAAUCUCAACUCUAAAAAAGUCUACAAUAUGUUAAAGACUGUGCUGUAGAAAUAGGAGCAAAUUAUAAUUAUUAAUAUAUUGAGAAACAAAUUCAAUUUUUUUAUACACACCAUUCAAUGAUGUGUGUGUGUGAAUUUCCAAGUAGUUUUCCAAUAAAUGGCUCAAUGAGCAUAUAUCACCAGUGCAUCCAGUAUCACUGUUGUAUAAACCAAAAAACAAUUAACAUACACUAUAUUACCAAAAGUAUUGGGACGCUUGCCUUUACACAC